UUUUAUAUAUUUCUAUUAUUCUUUUUCUAUACUAAAAGAAAAAUAUGUUGUACACUACACAAAUAAGUAACCAGUAGAAACAAAAAGCUUGUCGAGGCGUACCAAGUGUGACCCGGGCGUGGGCGUGGACCGGUUCUUUCACGCUCUGUACACAGAGCGCGAGUCCAGAAUGAUGAUGCUGCUGGGAACGGCGUGCUCAGAAGUCACUGAGAGCAUAGCCAAGAUCGUCCCAUAUUGGAACAUAGUCCAGGUGUCUUUCGGCUCGACGUCACCAGCUCUGUCGGACCGUUCCGAGUUUCCACUGUUCUGCCGCACUGUCGCGCCAGACUCCUCCCACAAUCCUGCCAGGAUCGCAUUCAUCAGGCAAUUCGGCUGGGACACGGUGACGGCCUUCUCCCAGAACGAGGAGAUUUACUCGCUGGCGGUGAACGAGCUCGUCACCCAGCUCGAGGCUGCUAACAUCACCUGCGCCGCUUCCAUCACCUUCGCUGAGUCGGACUUCAAGGAGCAACUGCAGCAACUCAAGGAGCUCGAUACCAGAAUAAUAAUAGGCAGUUUCUCACAAGAGAUGAUACCGAAGAUAUUCUGCGAGGCGUUCAAGUUGGGCAUGUUUGGGGCGGAGUACGCGUGGCUGGUGGCGGGCGCGCCGCCGCGUCUACGCGGUUCUGCGCCGUGCGCGCGUUCACACCUCGCCAGCGCACUGGAGGGUCUGGUCACGGUCACUGCGCAUAAAGGCAUUGUCGGUGACGUCACUUCCUACUCUGGACUGACAAACGAAAUGUUCAACCGAGAAAUGGAGAAAGCCGGCGUGACGGUGUCACCAUACGCUCCGCAGACCUACGACGCUGUGUGGGCCAUAGCUCUAGCCCUGAGCAAGGCCGAAGCACUGUGGAGACACUCGCAGGAACAAACGACGGGCAGAAGAUGGAAGCUCGGGCUGAGUCAUUUCGACUACGACAGGAAGGAUAUGGCUGAGGAGUUCUUGAAUCAAAUCGGCAACUUGAGUUUUGUAGGCGUUUCGGGUCCCGUUUCAUUUAAUGGAGCAGAUCGUAUCGGAACAUCCGCUUUCUACCAGAUACAAGGUGGUCGUCCUAAAACCGUAGCAUUAUACGCUCACGGUCGAGAGUUGUCAUGCAAUGAAUGCGGCAAACCUCAAUGGGCGGGCGGUGUUCCUGCCGCUAAGAGAGUGCUGGUGCUAAGGGUGGAUUCAGUGUGGGCGCCCGCCAGGCUCGCGGUAGCGGCACUAGCGGCGGCCGGGGUUGCGCUAGCGCUGGCCUUCCUGGUCUUCAACCUGCAUUACAGCAAACAAAGGUCGAUAAAGCUGUCCUCGCCUCGGUUGAACAAUAUGACGCUGAUAGGCUGCGUGCUGGUGUACACUGCGGUCGCAUUAUUAGGAGUGGACCACUCCAAUCUACCCUCUAACGUUCCAUUCUCAGCAAUGUGUACGGGCAGAGUGUACAUUUUAUCUGCGGGAUUUUCACUUGCAUUCGGAUCAAUGUUCGCAAAAACAUACAGAGUCCAUAGGAUAUUUAUUAGUAAUCGGAGUGGUGUCUGCAAAACGAAACUCCUACAAGACACGCCCCUCAUAUCGCUGGUAUGCGCCCUGCUCGUCAUAGACGGUAUGAUCGUGACUCUAUGGGCCACCCUCGACCCUAUGGAGAGACAUCUGAAGAACCUCACCAUAGAGAUCUCUGCUAGCGAUCGCAGUGUAGUCUACCAGCCACAGAUAGAAGUCUGCAAAUCCCAAAACACUACUGGCUGGCUUUGCGCCUUAUAUGCUUACAAAGGCCUUCUUCUCCUCGUCGGAGUUUACAUGGCAUGGGAGACCAGACACGUCAAAAUAUCCGCCCUUAAUGACUCUAAGUACAUCGGCAUAAGCGUUUACUCCGUCGUCAUAACCAGUACUAGUGUGGUCGUCAUAGGCACCAUAAUAUCGGAGAGGGCUACAUUGGCCUACAUCACCAUAACCAGCCUUAUACUGAUCACGACCACUUCUACGCUGUGCUUGCUGUUUCUGCCAAAGAUCAUCGCAAUAAGGACUAAAAGUGAAGACGACCCUGUGAUACAAAGCUUAGGGCUUAGAUUGGAAUGUAAAACGAGAAGAUUCGUCACGGACGAAACGCAGGAGCUGCACUUCAGGAUAGAGAUACAGAACAAAGUGUACAAGAGGGAAGUGGCCGCUUUGGACAAAGAGAUCGGUAGACUGGAGAAAUUGUUGGCUGAACCACUAGAGUCGAGUAGUGGUUACGGCUUACAUAAAAGAACGGAACUGAACACUGUGGAAGAGGAAGGCAGAUGCCGUUCCGAUUCGGACCGUCGUACGCCAAGCAUCACUGGCGGUUUACCGAUGCUUCUACUAUCAGUCUUACCACCCGUCAUUCCUCGAGCGAGUUGGCCUUCCGCAGAAUCCUGUCGAGGAAGAAACUCCGUAAGCUUCAGUUCCCAACCGAAACUGUACCACAGGAAAUCCACACCCGUCAUAGAUUUAUAUAACCUCUGCCUUAAUAAACGCGAAGAAAACACUGGCCUUCUGAGUAGACUUAAAAGCUUCUUUGGAAGCAGACCAUCUAGCAGAAAAGCGUCCACAAUGUCCAUAGCUGAUCCUACAGGACAAAGCAUUGCUGCUGCUCUGAAAAUGCACGUAGGUAUGAUAGCUGGUCUCAUGCCUGGAAAUAGAAAACAUUCCAUGGUACUCUCGUGCAACACACUGAACGUUCCGAACCCUGAAAUGAAACUACGAAGGGAAUCUUACACAAGAAGCGGGCCCAUCAUUAGGAUAACUGACGACGAGCCUUCAUGCUCGAAUUACCAGUCAGAAAGAAGUUCCUCUUCCGGUACUAACAAGUAUAUAGCAGAACCAGAAACGAGAGUAAACUUCGUAUUACCGGCUACCCAUAACAGACCAAUGUCGCAUCAAAACUCUUGCGAGAGAAUCAAAGGUUCCCCAAGGUUUCCGCACAGGAUUUCUCCUACAGGAUCCAGUUUGUCCACUUUGGACACCAGAAGGAAAACUAGUGCAGAUAGCGUUUUCAACAUAUCGGAGAAGAUAUUCGAUGAACAAAGGCGGUAUAGCCACCAACAUGUGAACCAGCAACCAAGUGACAAGUCUGUUUUAGAGAGUAAAUGGAAAUCGACUGAGGACGCGAGGCCUGGCCCAUCCACUGCAAGGGAUUAAUUAGUUAGAAUGGAAUGAAACUAAGCUGGAGUUAAAUAAGUUCAAUUUUUUCACCCUAAUCUAUAAUGUGCUCAAAAAAAAUUAGUUCGGUAGAAACACAAGCGGUGUAUAUUUUAACUAAAUGUGUGUGUAUUGUGUGUACGUAUAUCUCCUGUUUACAGAAGAAGGAACAAUUCACUCAUUAAUAAACACGCUUUUGGUGAUUUAUACUUAGGUAUUUAUGUGCUAUAAUGUUUUGCAUUUAAGUUCAAUCUCAAGUGAUGCGAAACUUCGUUUUAACUUUGACCAAUGAUUGAAUUACUUACUAACCGUGCCCUUACCGUUUUCUGUUUCUUUAUUUAUUAUGAAACGAGAAUAAGUUGUUAUUGUAACAAAUAACAUAGCUGUCUUAAAGUUAAAUUAAACAGUAUUAUAUUAUCUCAGAGGCCAAUAUGUAUUAUCAAAAAUUCAUGCAUUGAUGUAAAAAUUUACUUACGAAAAUUUUAUUUUGUAUGUGUAGGUAACUGUGUACAAUGCUUGCGUACCGUUAAUUAAUAAGGGUUUGAUGUAUAAACUUUGUAUUAAUAACAAUAUUGAUGUAAAUAUAGCAUCUUGAAUUAAAAGGAUUAUAAACACCAAAGAGUAGGUCUAUUCUGUUUUGAGAAAUAUCUGAAUGUUUAUACUUAUAAAAUGUAGUUUCGCUUUGAAUACUUAUUUUUUAUGUAUAAUUGAAAUAUAAUUCCAAGUUUUAUAUUAUAAGUAUUAUAACAUUUAAACCGAGCUUGCUGUUGUUAAAUAAUUUCUUAUCUACAUUAGAAGGUGUGCUUAUAUCUCUUAUUUUUAACACCUGCAAUUGAUUUUGUGAAACUAAAAAUCUAAAGUGCCUAUUUUGAAAUUAUUUAAUAUUUAAAUAUAUUAUUACAAUAAUACAUAAAAAUAAUUUCGAUGCGUUUUUUUGUACAUAGCUUCAUAAAUGAGACUUUUAAGUCACUUAGUCGAAAACAAUUUAAAAUACUUACAUAUCGAAAUACCAUAAUUACAAAAUUAAUAGAAUUUUAGGUUCUUUUAUAAAAACGAUGUUAGAUGUAGGUAAAAAUUAAGCAAUAUUUAGAGUUAAUUACUGAAGUAUUUGUUAUAUUAAGAAUAAGAAUCUUGAAAACAAUUUACUUUAGUGCUUGUUGAUAUCGUCAUACAGAAUCGGCACUAUAUUUUUAGACAGCGUUAUAUCCUAGAGUAACCCAAUCAAGAGCGGUCCUAGAAAAGUGUUCAUAUUUUGUAUAUUUAAAAAUGAGCUCUUUGAAUGAUAAAAGUAGUCGAUCUCCUGACUUAGCAUCUAUAUGUGUGAAAUAUUAGAUAAAUAAAAUUUUAAAUACCUC